AUUUGUCUUAAGCGCUUGUUUCGUUUCGAAUGAUGUCGACUCGAGAAUGCCAACAAAAUAUUCGAGUAGCGGUUCGUUGUCGGCCCAUCAAUAAGCAGGAGCUGGAAAAGGCCGUGCGGUCAUGUGUGGAGUGUAGCCGGGAAAAAGUAACAGUCAGGGAUAAAAGUAUGUCAAAGGUUUUCACCUUUGAUCAUGUCUUCAAUCAAUACUCGAAGCAAAUCGACGUCUACAAAAGCAUGGUUGCUCCAAUGAUUGAAGAAAUAAUUUUGGGUUAUAACUGCACAAUUUUCGCUUAUGGUCAAACAGGUAGUGGUAAAACAUUUACGAUGACUGGUGAAAGGUCUGACAAGCUUCGUUAUGAGUGGGAAACAGAUCCACUCGCAGGGAUUAUUCCUCGCGCCCUAAGUCACUUGUUUGAAACUCUGCAAUCAAAUGGUUCUGACUUUUCUGUUCGCGUAUCUUUCCUAGAAGUUUAUAAUGAAGAGUUAUUUGACCUUCUGUCUGCCAGUGAGGAUGUCACACGUUUAACAAUAUACGACGAUGUAAACCGUAAGGGCUCUGUUAUUGUCAAAGGCCUUCGGGAGGUAGUGGUUUUGGAUAAGGAUGAUGUUUACAGUGUUAUUGAGCGAGGAAUAGCUAGGCGUCAAACUGCUUGUACUCUUUUAAAUGCUCAGUCCAGUCGCUCGCACUCUAUUUUCACAGUUACUGUCCAUAUAAAGGAGAUAAAUGCGAUUACUAGUGAAGAAUUGCUGCGUAUUGGAAAAUUGCACUUAGUGGACCUUGCUGGCAGUGAAAAUGUUGGGAGAUCAGGUGCUGUUGAAAAGCGAGCACGUGAGGCCGGGUCAAUCAAUCAAAGUUUACUGACUCUGGGUCGUGUAAUAACUUCACUUGUGGAGCACGCUCCCCAUAUACCGUAUAGAGAAAGUAAACUUACACGUUUGCUACAGGACUCACUUGGAGGACGUACCAAAACCUCAAUAAUUGCAACUAUAAACCCUGCUAUGACUUCUUUGGAAGAAACAUUAUCAACUCUGGACUAUGCUCACAGAGCCAAAAACAUUGAGAACCGACCUGAAAUUAACGCGAGACUUAAUAAAACUGAUUUGGUGAAGGGUUAUAACGAAGAACUAGAACGUUUACGUCGAGACCUUGAAGCUGCAAGAACGAAGAAUGGAAUUUUCGUAAAUGAGGAAAACUAUCAGAUGUUGCAGUCUCAACUCGCCCAACAAAGAAUUCGUAUAUCUGAACUUGAAGAAAGACGAGAAAUCUUGGAAGAGGAAAUCGCUCAAGUUCAAGAAUUAUUCACUGUUACUCAGGAAGAACUCAGUGAAACUCGGAUGCGUAAGGAAGAAGUGGAAAAUGAGUUAAUCGCUUAUGGAAAAGAUUUAGAAAAUCUGCGCGUGCGUUUUUUGAAAUUAAAAAUGCGUUAUGAAGAAACGGAUUAUUUACGCCAAGAACACAAGAAAACGGAAUCGCGUCUCCAUGAACAGGCAAAAUCAUUAUUAUCAACAACUGAUUCAGCCGUUUGUGAUGUGAAUGGUCUGCAUCAAAAACUGGUUCGCUUAUCUGACCUUGAUAAAGAAAACCGUGAACGUCUGCAUACAUUGCAUAAUAGUUGGUUGCCUGAGCGUCUGACCCCAAUAGCACGUGACCUUCAAACGCUUGCUACACAAGUGAAGGACUUCUGCCUAUUUGUUCAGGAUAGUACAAGUAAUUUGAAGGAGAAAGUCAUGCUGUCUACUUGUAACGCAGUCAGGGUGCAACGAGAAAUGGUAAAAGAACUACGAACUUUCCUGGCCAAUGAGUGUAUCACCGCCGCCAACCAAAUUAACAAAUUUGCUGAAGAACAAGCCACUGAAGCAAAGACUGGUCGUGAUACUAUCAUAGUUCCACAGUUUGAAUGUCUUCAGAAACUUGUUACAUCUCUGUCUAUUGGUGCAGAUGAACUGGAUCAAUGUUUGCUCAAUCAGUUUGAUGCUUACCAAAUAUCAAAUCAGGAAUUGGAUUAUGCUAUAAAACAACUAGACAAUUUCGCUUCAUUGUCCUCUGGUUUUGUGCAUGAUGAAAUGAAACAUGACAUGGCUAUACAAAAUCAAAUGGUUUCUUAUAGAACACAGUAUGGGAAUCUGCUUAAUGAAUUAGAAUCCACAACUAACAAAUUGAAGAAUUUGAUGGCAAGCCAUGAUGAGCUGUCAUUUGAACUGUCAUCAAGAUCUUCUCGUCUAACAGAAUUCUCAAGAUCGAGUCAGAAUGAAGUUGAAAAACUGAAAUCGUCUCUGUCCAAUAAACAAGAAAAAAUCUUACAAGAUGUUUGUAAAGCCCACGAUUCAAAUAGGUUGUCCAUUAAUCGUUUGAAGGAAGUUACGAAUACUGUUUCACAUAACCACGAAAGUCUAAAAGGCGAACUGGAAAAUUGUAUGAAUAAUGUAUGCAAGAGCGUUGAACAAUUUGCUGCUGAUGGUCUUGGUGCGGAUUUUUUGAAAAAAGCUUCAAUCUGGCAGUCGGCUAACGAAAAUCGUAGUGAUUAUAACUUAUUUGAUCAUACGACAAAAAUGAUACACAUCAUGAGUAAUAAUCUUUUUACUUCUCUUCAAGAACCCACUCGCAUUCUUCUUGGCCUAGAAGGUGCAGGCAGUGAUCGUAGUAUUGAGUUCAGUGAAAGUUUCCAACUGAUUGGGACAAAUUUGUAUGUUAUGCCGAAUGAAAUGGAAGAUAUAUUGAAUAGGAGAUAUCGUAUUUAUGUUCCAACGGGGGAAACACCUCAAUCCCGAAAGUUUUCCUAUCCAACGGAAUUCGCUAAAACAGGCCCUUAUCACCGCAUAUUAAAAGCGUAUCGUUCCAAUAGAACAAUUGAAGAUAUUAAUAAUUUGGCUACAAUUCCUAUUCCAGACGAAGACCUGUCAUUUACUGCUGAUUGCAACGAGUCUACGUUCAUUGAAGAUCAGAUAACAACUCUUCAACCUGAGCUUAAUAAAGAUAACUGUGAUUGUAUCUCAGUUUCUACAAAUGGGCCGGACUCUGGGAUUGUUUCUGAACCCAAUGCUGUAAAAGAAAAGACUGUCACUCAACAACUGCAAACCUCCAUACAUGAUAGUGAAAAGCCAACAAAAGUUGUUAAUUCGCUUGGCAAAUGUAAAAAUAACCCGAAAGUACGUGGUAAGAAUCAACGCAUUAAACGGUGAAAUGCCUAGUGAUACGAAGACUCAUUUAUUUGCUUUCAAACUAAGCUUUUGAACGCCGUAUAUUUUACUCAUGUUUUAAUAUCCUUGUACAUUCUUUGAGUAUCUCCGUUACUAAUAAUUAUCGAUUUAUUCUAUGACAUUAAUUGUUUCAUUCAAAUAUAAUUUUCUGUCUUCAAUAAAAUUUGUUGAACUUAAA